AUGUCUGACUAUCCGAUCCGGCCACCAACGCCGCAGGCGAUGCUCCAUCGUCUCCCUGAUAAGCCAGAGACAGAGCUCCAAGACAACACCAAACCAUCGAAGUAUAUCAUUCUCAUCACAGCUUCGACAUCGGUGGCAGGCAAAGUCCAGAUCGCGAAAUCAGUCGCUACGGCACUGUCCUGUCCGCUCUUCCAAGGCGACAGCUUGCAUGAGACGUCAGCCAAAGCCGCCACCGUGGGCAUGUCGAGGGGCCUCUCGGGAGCUGAUGGCGAUGACGAAGCUGUCCGACCGAAUGAGGCGCGAUAUGAGCGCAUGUGGCUUUCCAAGAUGACCAGAACGGGUCUUUUGUUCCCCGAAGAGUCCCGGCCUGCCAAUGAGGGCUUCUCUGGCUUUGGUGGGACAUCCUCGACAUCGACGAGUCGGCGAGGCUCCUUCAGUUCCAUUGCAUCGACCACUUCGGAUGCCGCCUCAACUUCCAGCAUUGCGAAAAGUUUUAUGUCCUCGGGCCCUCCGAUAACAAAAUAUGUCAAUAAACCUAUCUUGUCCGCUUCGCUUGGGGAUGAGAAUGGGCAGAAGUCGAAUCUUGCCUUGAUGGUCGUCACACAUCCCCAGCUGGAGAAAUGGCACAAGGAUUCAAUCAGAAAAACCGUGGAAGAAUAUGGUAUUGGAAUUCUCUUUGUUCCUCUAUACGAGGACGAGGACGAGGACGAGGAGGAGCUCCCUGUGUUGAAGCCCUUUGAUCCACAGGUGAUGACAAGUUUUGGUUCUGUUGCCUCAAUUCCCUGCCCCAAAGCUUCACGUGGCUAUUUAGGCGAAGAAACAGUAUUGAGAGUUGAUAUUGAAGCAAAAGUCGAGGACAUAAUUGAGGAGAUUGUCGACGGGGCUCGCGGAAUCAUGGAGGCAUAG